AUGAGGAUGUUCGAGUUCGAGGAGCCACCAGCGGAGAUCACCCGCGACGCGCACCCGGCGCACGCGCUGAAGCUGGUGACCACGGACGGCGCGCCGUUCCGGUGCGACGGGUGCAAGGAGCCCGGCAGCGGCCAGGGGCGGCGGUACAGGUGCGGCGAACACGGCUGCGACUUCGACCUCCACGUGGCCUGCGCCCUUGCGGCGCACACUCUGAAGCACCACCCCCUCUUCGGCGAUGGCGUCGAAUUCGAGCUCCUCCCCGAGGCGCCGCCGCCCGUCGACAGGACGUUCUGCAACGCCUGUGGGCUCCGCGCGCCCGUCCUCGUCUACCACUGCUUCGACAGGGACCUGGACCUCCACCCGACCUGCGCGGCGCUCAAGAUGGAGAUGGGCGGCCACCUGCAGGCCCAGCUCUGCUGGGAGUCCGCCGACGCCGAGCACCGCUGCGUCGUCUGCGACGGCGCCGGCGGCAAGGGCAAGAAGUUCUGGGCGUACCGCUGGGGCUACGGCGGCACGCACGCGUACCUGCACGUGGCGUGCAUGAAGAAGAUCGCUUUCCAGAGCUGGGAGCAGGCCUACCAGGCCAGCGUCGGCGGCGGCCUCGUGGAGGCCAGCGUGCCGACGAUGAUGGCCGUGCUGCAGAAGAAGCGCACCGACGAGUAUACGGGCGGCGUUAAGAUUAUCGACACGGGCAUCCGCGGCCAAUACUUUUUCAGUUCAACUUGGGGUACUUAA